GCUCGGCGGUCGGUUCGGCAGUCGGUUCGGCCUUCGGCUGUUUUCGUAAUGUAGUUUAGUGCGCGAGCGUGUGCACGAGCGUGUGACGUCACCGUCCUGCCAGUCGCGCGGAGCACACAAAGAGACCGAAGUGGGUCAGAGAGAAGCAGCGCGAGCCGCCGUGCUGGGCUCGGUCCUGUUUAGUAGCGCCGUUUGGACCGUUUAUUGCUUUGAAACCGGCUCGGUUCUGUAGUCCGGUCGCCCGGAGUGUCGCGCGCGCGCGCGCAGCCGUGCAUUUCCUAUUGUCUGCUGUGCUGAAGCAGCUCGGCUCCAGAACCCGCGAGUCUGGGUUUGUGACUGUGUUUUUCGGUACCGAGACUCCGCGAAUCCGUGACCGCAGACACCGUUUUAAAGCGACGGACCCCUGAACGUCUUAAAGGAGCGCGGCGAGCGGGAUUUUAUGUGGAGAUGAACUCUUUAACUGGACUGGUCUGCACAGCCGGCCCGCGGCCGUCCGUUAGGCGGAGACGUUGACCGGGGGUCGUUCGGACGGUUUCAGUGAACGUAAGUGGACCCGCGAUGAAGAAAGACAGCAGCGGCUGCAGCUCGAGCAGCGUCCCGAGCCCGAGUUAGUGACGUCUAGCAGCAAAGCGAAUCGUUUCGGGGACAAAGAUGAAGGUGUCGGUCGGCGUUUGAGGCCGGAGGAAAGACGACGUUGCAUAUUUCAUUAGGAUUGCAUCACGGUCUGGUCGCGGCUCGGGAUGCCCUCUCGGGUGAUGCUCGGUAUCCUAGCGACGCAUCAGCUCCGCUUCAGCACCAGCAGAUAGGCCCUGCUUAUCAGGGCUCUCCAGCUGGAAUAGUCGGUGUGUUCUCCAGCCGAAAACACGCCUCUGCUCUCAUAGCCCGCCGUAGAGCAGGGUAGCUAGACGACAAGGCCUCGACUGUGUCCUCCAGAAUUAUUGGCACCCUUGGUGAUCACAGGGGGGACGUCGUUUUCCAGCUAGAUCAUCCACUAAAAAAUAGUGGUGAAAUCGAACCUUUCAUAGACUUAGUCACAAGUUCUUCUCCUGGGAAGAAAAAAAAAGGGAAAAAGGAGCAAAGUCCUGCUGGCAUAGAGGAGUGUACAUGAACUGUGGACCCAAAGGACGUGAGAACAUCUGAUGGAGUUUUGUCUGUAUAUACCAGGCUCUGGACCCUGCUGCCCCUGAGAACCCUCUGGAUCUCUUGAGCCCUAAAGCCAUGGCGUUGGUCUACCAAAGCUCCUAUAAGGCAGCAAUGCUGCUGCUCGUGGGUUUCCUCUUCCUCCAGGCCAGUGGUCCUGCUUUGGGCUCCAAUGGGAAGACAUGUUACUCCAGACAGCAUCGAGAUGCCAUUGUGGAUGUACGCGUAGCCGUGGAACGUAAUGGGGCCAUAACGAGUUCUAGGGUGAAACCGGCAGAGAAAGACUGUAUCCUGGCCUGCUGCUCAGAAGAAGUGGAGCCAGGUGUAAAGUGUAACAUGGUUGUAUAUAAGCCUUCAAGCCAAGCUGGCAUGGACAACUGCUACCUGUUCCAUUGUGAGACGGAGCAAGACUGCCCACUGGUGGCUGCCAAGCCCGGGACCAACACUUACGAUAUUUCUAAAGAUGUGAUACAUCCUACUGCAAAAGGAAACGGGAGAACGACUGUCAUGCCCAUUAUUCAUGCCACUCCUGUAAAACAGCCAGUUGCUACUCAGACCACCUCAACAGCCAUGAGACCAACAACCACCACAACAACACCUAGAAUCAUGCAGCCAUCUACAACAACAACCACAACCCAGCCAACUACAACUACAAGCACUACACAAACCACUACAACCACCACAGCCUUACCGACCACCACCACUCAAGCUACAACUACAUCAACCACCACCACCACCAAACAUCCACCAACUGAACUUGCCAUUGUUCUGGUUACAAUGCCGGUUGUAACCAUGCCUAGUAGCCCUCCUACCACCACCACCACAACAACAACAACAACACAGCUCACCAGUACAACCACAAAGGUACCUUCCACAACAUCACCAACCACUACCACUACAACUACACGACCACCCCAACCACCAAAGCCACCACAGCCACCUGGAAAACCAAACCGCCCUCCCAAAAAGCCCCUGAAACCACAAAAAAGACCAGAACCCCAAGCUGGGAAAUCCAGCAAAGUUCCCACCAACAAACCAACCACCACCACCACCACAACUCAGAAACCAACAACCACUCAACCUACUACUACUCCAACUACUACCACUACUACUACUACUACCACCACCACCACUACUCCUCCAACUACUACUACAACCACCACCACGACUACAAGUACAACCACCACUACUACAACUACAUCCACAGCUACCGCUGAAAGGACAACUAUCGUGGUUGUAGAGAUGGAGAAUGGUCUGAAGGAUGAGACGUCAGGGCCUGAUACUCUGUUGCCUCCAGCUGUGGGCUCUGGCCUGGAUAAGGCUAAGGGGUCGCAAAUGACGUGGAGGAACAGUCUGGUGGCCAUAGUGGUGGUCACACUGAUAUGCCUCACUUUGGUCCUGGCCAUCGUGGGCCGCAAAGCCAUGGAAUCCUUUGACAGGAGACACUACACAAGACUGGAGCUCAACGACCUGCACUAUGAAAUCUGAGGCCUGACCAAACUCUCUUACCCACCGCUACUAACUGAAAGAAACAGAGACAAUCCUGCUGAAUUUUAAAAUGUAUUUUUUUCUGUCCACUCACUGGAACAAAAAUACUGUAUUUUGAUAUUUAGGGCAUUUUUUGGUUAAGAAAAUGAGAUUGUUCCCCCACAUGUCUACAUAAGGUUGUUGUAACUGUAAGAUAUCGAUGGAGAGAUAACAACAAGAUGGGGACUGAGAAAGGACAGAAGGUUUAGGGGGAAAGAAAAGCAAUACAAUGAACUCAGGAAGCCUCAACAUUUAGAAUUAAGGACUAUCAGAUUAAUGGACAUCCAUUGCUAUAGCAAGACGUUGCUGAGGCCCAGUGCAGUGGUUGUUAACGUGUUAAUGGUGCAAAAACAGAGGCAAUCAACAUUUGAGCUGUGGUAGGACAGCUGCAUAACCACUUCUUUCAGAGGCUUCAGUUGUUCCAUCUUUUUGGCCUGUUUUGGUGAGGCUGGUUUUAGUUCGGAUUAGAUUUGAAGUUCAGUCAUACCAGGAUUGGUACUCCAGGAUUGGACUCCUGGUCAGAUUAACAGAUUAAUCUUAUCUUCUCAAAGUUUUGGUUGUGAUAGUUUAACGUUUAAUUGGGUAACUACAGAACAGUAAUAAAUGAGAAUGUCUGAGUAAACUAAAGGUUGGUAUUGUGAUUUGGAUCAAAUAAAAGCAAAUUUCUAACGCA